AACGCAUGCCGGAUGACCGAUUCAGUUUUGAAUUGGCUAUAGCCGUGCGUGGUGGAGGGGGAGGAGAGUGAAAGAGGAGAGAGAGAGAGCAGUGACAGCGAACGCCUCUGAACAAAACGGCAUUCCAUACUGAGAGAGAGACUCCCAUCUAAUAAGUCUUGUUUCUCCUCUCUCAUCAUCGUCUUCGCACACAAGGAAUUUCUCUUUCUUUCUUUCUUGCUUUCUUUUUGGUAAUGUUGACAAAUUCAAUUCUGUUGUGUUCUGUUGGAUUGAUUGAUUGAUCGAUCGAUCUGGAGUGGAGUGGAGUAUUUUUGAGUUUUUGUUCCUUUGAAAAGAGAAAAGAGGGAAGAAUAAAGAAGAGCUGGAUUCCGUACAGGAGUCGUUGAAGGCUACAGCCGCCGCCGGAAACGGUCAGAUCCGGUACAGAUCACCAUCGGCUGCAGAACUCCUGGAGGGGCAGUCGUCGUCGGGAUCACUGGAUCAACUGGACAAGAUGCUGAUGAAGCGCACCAGGCAGCACGAGUCUCUCUCCGACAAGAUCCACCGCUUCAGAGGCGUAAUCCUGGUGAUUUCGGUCCCUCUCCUCCUCAUCUCCUUCGUCCUUUUUCUCAUGCCCACCCGUUCUCCCUCCCUCGACUCCUUUCCUAACCGCAAAUUCUCUCCCAAUAACUUCCCCCUCGCCCGUGCUGCCCGGAGUUACGCUGUCAUCUUCGACGCCGGCAGUUCUGGCAGCCGUGUCCACGUUUUUUGCUUCGACCAACACUUGGAUCUAGUCCCUAUUGGCAAAGAUCUUGAGCUUUUCUUACAGCUAAAACCAGGUCUGAGUGCAUAUGCGAAAGAUCCCAAGGCUGCUGCAAAUUCUCUCAAGUCCCUUUUAGAGGAAGCCCAGAAUGUUGUCCCAGAGGAGUUGCGGCACAAGACUCCAGUUAGAGUUGGGGCCACUGCAGGUCUGAGGCAAUUGCAAGGCGAUGCACCCGAUCAAAUUUUGCAAGCGGUCAGGGAUUUUUUGAAGGAUAAAAGCACCUUGAAAUCUGAGGCUGAUUGGGUCACAGUAUUGGAUGGGGCUCAGGAAGGUGCUUAUCAGUGGGUGACCAUAAACUAUCUAUUGGGGAAUUUGGGUAAAAAAUACUCAAAUACAGUUGGUGUAGUUGAUCUCGGAGGUGGAUCUGUACAAAUGGCAUAUGCUAUCUCAGAGACACAUGCUGGAAAGGCUCCAAGGAUGUCAGAUGGAGAGGAUUCGUAUGUGAAGGAAAUGUAUCUCAAGGGAACAAAAUAUUACCUUUAUGUUCACAGUUACUUGCACUAUGGCUUAUUAGCAGCCCGAGCUGAGAUUUUGAAGGUUGAAAAUUCUGGCAGCCCGUGCAUCUUGGUCGGGUAUCAAGGAUCCUACAAUUAUGGAGGAGCAUCUUACCCAGCAUCAGCUUCUCCCUCUGGUUCAAGCAUGCACAAAUGUAGGACAGCAGCUUCUAAGGCUCUCAAAGUUAAUGAAUCAUGUACACAUAUGAAGUGCACGUUUGGUGGGGUAUGGAAUGGUGGAGGUGGGGAUGGACAGAAGAAUCUAUUUGUUGCUUCAUUUUUCUUCGAUAGGGCUGCCGAGGCUGGCUUUGUUGAUCCAAAUGUGCCUGUUGCCAAAGUAAGUCCUAUGGAUUUCGAGAAUGAGGCUAAGCGUGCGUGUGAAACAAAACUCGAGGAUGCCAAAUUUGCAUAUCCACAUGUGGAAGAAGAUAACCUGCCAUAUUUGUGCAUGGAUCUCGUGUACCAGUUCACAUUGCUUGUAGACGGGUUUGGCCUAAAUCCCUGGCAAGAGAUUACAUUGGUGAAGAAAGUCAAGUAUCAAAAUUCCCUAGUUGAAGCGGCAUGGCCAUUAGGCAGUGCAAUUGAUGUUGUGUCAUCAUUGAAGUAACCAGAAAUCACAUUGUUCGUUUAAUUGAUUGGUUCAGUUUUGGUGGCAUUGUUUCUUAUCUGGCAGAAAAGUUGUUCUGUUUGAGCUCAGUAUCAAGUUUAAUAGGUAAAUUAAUUUUGUGUUAAUUUGAGGAAUAACGAGAAAUCAUAGUUUUUCAUUUGUUUUUGUUUGUAAUUUAGUUACAGAAUUUUCUGAUUAUAACCAAAAGCAUUUUAUUGAUUUAGUUUGCAUGGCUAAAGUACUGAUACCAUUUAAUUUAAGAUUUCUUUUUUUG